UUAUUUUCCUCUUCUCAUCUUUCACUUCUUUCGUCAGCUACCCCUUUUCCUUUUCUCUCUGUCUUUCUUUUCCCCCUUGCUCCAUUUCUUUAUUCAGUCAGGCCUGUGUCCUGCUGCAGAAGGGAUCUGAGACUCUUAGAGGAGACGCCAGAGUCCAUAUGAGUCUUGUCGUUGGUUGGACCCCUGGGCCCAGGGCUGGUAGGAUGUGCUUCAGGUUGAACUGUGCUUGCUCAAAAACUUUUACCUUGGAACUUUAAGGCGGGAUAAGACUGGAUGAAAGUAGGAUUUGUUGUACCUGAGCCUUUUUGCUUGUUGAGACAUUAACUGUACAAAUCUGAGCCUCUUUGGGCCAGGGUUCUUGUUGAUUCUUGGAUGAGCCGUUGAUCUGGUACCACGUGCUGAUUGGCUGGGGCUGUGUUUGGUGUUGGUGAAUGGCGCGGCGCAGUUCAGGUGGACGCGGGCGUGGAGGCAGCUGGCUCACGGCCUGUUUUUUUCCAUCCUCCUCAGGGAGAGAACGUGGAGAAGCCCUGGGUGCAGAGGAGUGUAUGCGUGUGUAUGUGGUAACGGCAGACUACCAGCGUCAGGAAAAUACAGAAAUCAGCCUGAAAGCAGGAGAGCGAGUCGAGGUGAUCGAAAAGAGUGAGAGUGGGUGGUGGUUUGUAAGAACAGCUGAAGAACAAGGCUGGGUUCCUGCAACAUACCUUGUCUCUCUCACAGGACGUCGAGACAACCACAAAACACCGAACGGAGAGACAGAGAGGUAUAUUACAGUUCAGUCCUUCAGCAGUUCGAGUCAGGAUGAGCUGGGCUUUGAGAGUGGCGUCAUUGUUGAGGUCAUCCAGAGAAAUCUGGAGGGCUGGUGGUUCAUACGUUAUGGUAGUAAGGAGGGAUGGGCUCCAGCUGCCUAUCUGAGGAAAAUGCAAGAUGUCAUGGCGGGUAACCAGGCAACAGAGACAAAUAAACCAGCUGUGCAGGGUCAGGUGGAAAUCAUUGGAAACCUUAUGGAGAUCAGCAACCUCCUGAACAAGAAACCCUCCAACGAACGACACUCACACACACAAACUGACACCAUUGAACACCGAAACAGCACCACAAACACAUACAGGCACUCACAGACGGACACAUAUACACAAUACAAUGGUGAUACGGAGCAGACUGAUGCUUACAGUAACAAUACAUACAGUGAUAGAAGCAGCGGCAGCAGCAUUAACACAGCAGCUAAUGCAGUUACUGGUAGUUUAGACAGAGACUCUGAAGGUCCUGUCACCCAGCACACAGACACGAGUGUGCGUCUGUCUGUCUCAGACAGCAGUGUGUCUGUGUCAGUGUUGGAUGCUUGUGGAACUGCGUCUGUUUCUGAAGCAAGUGUGUCUUCAACAUCAUCCACUAUAAAGACCAAAACCGUCCCUCCAUCUCCUGCCAUUGCUCGAGUCGCACCUCAGAGAUUCCACAGCACUGAGACCAGAUCACCAUCAAACAAUCAAAAACUGCCUCCACGUCGAGAAAACAGCCUGGGAUUUCAGUUACCGCAGCCCCCAGAUCCACCUACUGUCGAAGCUGAGUAUUACACCAUCGCUGAAUUCAGGUCCUGCUUGACAGAUGGCAUCAGUUUCAGUGGAGGACAGAAAGCUGAGGUCAUUGAGAAGAACUCUGGAGGCUGGUGGUACGUCCAAAUCGGAGAGAAGGAGGGUUGGGCCCCAUGUUCUUACAUCGACAAACGCAAGAAACCCACCUUGAACCGCCAAACCAGUACACUGACCCGGCCCAAGGUACCACCUCCUGCUCCGCCAAUCAAAAAGCAGAACUCACUUCCAUGUGUUGAGUCUGAGGUUUUGACCCCAACGAGUCCAAGGGUGUAUGAGGAACCAGAGUAUGAUGUUCCAGCAGUGGGCCUUGAAUUUGAUCCUGAGCAGGAGUUUUUUCCAGGAGAUGCACCGACUAAAGCCCCGCCUCCUUUAUGUCAGCGUAUAGUUUCUUUUACGUUGGGUGAAGGGGAUGAAGAGGAUGAUGAGGAUGUGUAUGCCAAUGGUGGCUUCAUAGCUGUACCGCAGUGUAAGGACAGUCACUACGACACAUACUUGUCUUCUUCAGCGCACCGGGCAUCUAUGUGGGAUCCACCGGAAUAUGAUGCCCCAACAAUCGAGCCCAACAUUGAGACCUCUACGACGCUAUAUGCACACUCAAAGCAAUCUAAACUCAAACAGCAGGCUGAUGAGUCUAAAUCCAAACCGUCCGUGCGUCCGAAACCUGCAAACCAAGACUGUAGUUCUCUCAGAAGACCCCAAAACCAAGAGCAACCAGGCCAGAUGCAAUUCAGGACCUCUCGCACAUCUGAGGACUCUGAGAAUGGCUCGUCAGAUAAAUUCCAGACGUUUAGUGAUCCGCCUUCCUUUUUGUACCGAACUACAGUGGCGUACCAGCGGAAAGAGCCGUGCGAGCUCAGCUUUCCCGCGGGAGUGCAGGUGGAGGUUCUGGAGAAGCAGGAGAGCGGCUGGUGGUUCGUCCGCUGGGGGAACGAAGAGGGCUGGGCGCCCACCUACUACCUACAGCCAAUCAAAAGCUUCGAAACAAGCGGUACAGAAGCCAAAACCACCGAGAAGGUUAAUUCUGAGACGUCUUGGUCUGCGUCUCCUGAGUUGGAGAUUUCAGUGCAGGAAGAUGUUGGAAAGUUGAGUAAAUGCGUAAGUUUGGAGAAGAAUGAGCAGCGUGUUAACCAAAGCCUGAAGAGUGGACACAGAUCUAACCAGCAGAACUGCCGGGUCGGUGUGAAGCAGCUCGCCGUCAGACCUCAGAACGUCCUCAAGGACAACACUAAUACGCACACAACUCCCGCAGGUCGGAGGAACGAUGCGCUGCCUAGUCUUAGCUACAAUGACCAAACCACCUCUUCUUGUGCAGGUAAUACAGAGAGCAUGAGACGUAAGGUACCAGUGUCAAUGGUGAAGCCUAAACCUCAUCUGAUCCACAACAACCUGCGCGAGGAGUACGUUUCUAUCGCUGACUAUCACGGCGAUGCGGAGACCAUGAGCUUCCCUGCUGGCACGAGGCUGGAGGUCCUGGAGAGAAACCCUAAUGGAUGGUGGUACUGCCGUGUGCUCGACACAGCUAAAACACGAAAAGGAUGGGUGCCCUCCAACUUUCUGGAGAGGAAGAGCUAGUGGGUUACCAGAUUUAGAUACCAGCCUUACGUCUCAUACAUCUUCACCAUGGCCCCAAUAAAAUCAUGUUCCCUUUUUAAUUCAUAAGAGACAUCGCUGUCUCUGUUCACAAAAUCAAAGGGAACACUAAAGUAUCAGUCACAAGUGAAUUCUCUUGUUGACUGACAACUUGUUUAUAUGCUGUAUACUCCUGCUUGUGCUGGAUGAUGUGAUGUUAUUGUCACUGAACAGGCUUUUAGUUAUUGCUCUUAGCUGUUCCUAAUAUGCUGCAGAAAGUUUUGAUUAAAACUUGUCUCAUUGUUUUUUUACUAAAUAAAUAUCAGGUCUGUUUACAGACUAAAUGCACUUUCAAACAAAUGUCUGUCUGUCUAUCUAUCUAUCUAUCUAUCUAUCUAUCUAUCUAUCUAUCUAUCUAUCUAUCUAUCUAUCUAUCUAUCUAUCUAUCUAUCUAUCUAUCUAUCUAUCUAUCUAUCUAUCUAUCUAUCUAUCUAUCUAUCUAUCUAU